CACACACACACACACACACACACACACACACACAUAAUAUAUGUAAAUUCUUAAAAAUAAAACUCUUACAGGAGUCGUUAUCAGCGAUAAGCACUCUUGCAACGAGGAAAGUUAUUUCCAGAAAGUAAACAGCUGAAUUGAUUUGAUUAAAAAUCUAAUUUGUAUUAGAUUUAAAUACAAUUCCUUCCUUAAUUUUUUUUAUUGAUUCACAUACUUUUUUCCAGGUUUUAAUCGAUCUUGCAUUGCGAGAGAAGAUCAAUUCUAUAUCAGCAUAUAUUUUAUAAAACAAAUAUAUAAGUGUAUAUAAUGAUAAUAUACAUUUCUAGUUUUGUUCAGUAAGAACGGGUAAAAACUAAUUUCAUGACGAAAUUACUUUCUCUUAUUAUCUCUUAUUAUAACAACACAUCGCAGAAGAAAGAAAAAGAGUAAAAGAAAACAGAUAACGAACUGAGGCAUACUUGACCGUGUAACGCCUUUAUAUACAUCUCUUCUUCUUUCAAGUAUCGUUUUUCUCAUUUAGCAUAUGCAAACAUAUUGAGCAACGUUGCUUUUGCGAUUGACGUCGUUCGUAAUCUUUUUUAAGCAAACUACAUGAAAGCAGCAAUUUUCUCAAUCAAACGUGCGAUGCACGCGGACGCAGACUGAUACUGCAAGUGAAAGAGAAGUUGAGUGUUAAGAAAUGUGAGGAUACAUUGAGAAGUUCUUUGAUAAUGUACGUGUAAACAGUGCGCAAUUGUAAAGAAUGAACCAUAACUAGCAGAAUAGUGGCGCGAUACCGCGCUAUCCGUGAACCGGAGGACUGUAGUUCAAUCUGCGCUAAUAUUGCAAUCGUACAUAAACGUUAAUUCUGCAAGGCUUACAAAAUGCUUCGUUUAAUAAGAAACAAGUUGCCUAAAUGGGGUCUCGGAAAUAAUCGAGCAAUCGCUACAUUUAAAGAAAACGAGACAAAAAACAUUGACAUACCCAGCAAUGCAGAUGUUGUAAUAAUAGGUGGUGGCAGCGCUGGUUGCAAUGCACUUUAUCAAUUAGCAAAACGUGGAGUCAAUGCAGUGCUUUUGGAAAAAUCUAAACUUAUAUCUGGCACAACAUGGCAUACAGCGGGUCUUCUGUGGCAUUUACGCGGAAUGUGUGACAUAGAGACAGAGUUAUUAAAAACUUCGCGAUUGCUUUAUUCAUCUUUGCAAGAAGAAACAGGUAUAAAUCCAGGAUGGAUAAACAAUGGUGGACUCCUCAUCGCUCAUUCUCCUGAGCGAGUAGUCGAGUACGAAAGAUUAAUUACUAGUAGUAAGAACUACGGUGUCGAUGCAUACAUGCUUGAUCCGGUCGAGACGAAGGAAAAAUUUCCACUCUUAGAUAAAAAUGCGUUUCAAGCUGCAAUAUACUGUCCAGCGGAUGGUACAAUAGAUCCUGCUAUGUUAGUUAAUGCGUUGACAAAAUCAGCAGAAAAAAAUGGUUGCAAGGUCAUUGAAGAUUGUCCGGUCACUAAAAUCCUUGUUGAAGAUACCGAUGGACAUAAAACCAUUCGCGGAGUGGAGACGCCUUAUGGUAUUAUAAAAACUAAUGUCAUAUUAAAUGCGGCGGGAGCGUGGUCCGGAACGAUAGCACGAAUGGUAGGGAUGGACAUCCCAUUGAUACCGAUGAAACACGCAUACAUUGUUACCGAACCGAUGAAUGUACGAGGAUUGCCAAACAUUCGAGAUCCUGAUUUUAAUAUCUACUUUCGGGUGCAGGGUGGAAAUAUAAGUAUCGGAGGAUACGAGCCGAAUCCUAUCGUAUUGAAAUUCCCGCCAGAAGACUUCUCCUUUAGCUUGUACGAGCUGAAUUGGGACGUGUUCAAUACCCACGUAGAGGCGAUGAAUCGUCUGAUACCCGCUUUGGCGACCACCGGAAUAAGAACGACGGUGUGCGGCCCAGAAAGUUUCACUCCCGAUCACAGACCUAUUAUGGGUGAGGACCCACGCUGUACAGGUCUUUAUUAUUCUUGUGGGUAUAAUAGCGCCGGAAUGAUGUUUGGAGGUGGUUGCGGAGAACAAAUAUGCGGAGAACAAAUAGCAUUAUGGAUAAUUAAUGGACGGCCGGACAAACAUAUGUUCCAUCAGGACAUCAGAAGAUAUAUACCGGAACAAAGAAAAAACUUAAUUUGGGCAAACGAGCGAAGUCACGAGGCUUAUGCAAAAAAUUACAAUAUUGUUUUCCCACACGAUGAACCUUUAAGCGGCAGAAACUUGAAAACCGAUCCUUUCCACAGUUUUCUUGUCAACGAGGGUGCAGUUAUGGAAGAACGACAAGGAUGGGAACGUCCAGGAUGGUUCCAACCAGAUAACAAGAUGACUCCAAUUUUACCGUACGAUUACGGUGGCUAUUAUGAUACUCCAAAGAAUACGAACGACACAUAUGCCGAUAUAUUAAAAACAGAAUGUACAUUUGAUUUUCCACCUCACGAUAAUAUCAUACGAGAGGAAGCGCUUGCCUGUAGGAAUAACGUUGCCUUAUUUGACAUGUCGUAUUUCGGAAAACAUUACUUAUGCGGUCCAGAUACAAAGAAAGCAGUGGAUUAUAUAUUUACAGCUCGAGUGGAUCGAGAAAUUAAUAGAACAGUAUACACUUGCAUGUUGAACAAAAAAGGAGGUACAGAAGGCGACUGUACGGUCACCGGUCUGGCAUCUGGCUCGGGUGGUGUAGUCGAUCCCAUAUUUAAGGGAAAAUCAUUUUAUUUAGUAAGUGGAGGCAUGUCGUCCUAUCACACUUGGGCGCAUGUCAGCAAAGUAAUAAGAGAAAAAGGUUUCAAUGUGUCUGUACACAAUGUUACAGAGCAAAUAGGAAUUUUAUCGGUUCAAGGUCCUAAUAGCCGUCAAGUUCUUGGAACGUUAGUCGACGCUGAUCUCUCAAAUAAAUCAUUUCCAUUCUCAACUUCGAAGCUAGUGCGAAUAAAUGGUGAAAUGGUGCAUAUGUUUAGACUUAGUUUCGUCGGUGAACUUGGUUACGAAUUACACAUUCCAAAAAGUUCGUGCGAAAAGGUUUAUAAAGCUUUAAUGGAAUGCGGUAAAAAAUAUGAUAUGAAAUUGGCCGGCUUCAGAGCGCUCUACAGUUUAAGUUGCGAGAAAGGUUAUCAUCUUUGGAGCGCGGACUUGAGAACGGAUGACAAUCCAAUAGAAGCGGCCUUAGAAAUCGUCUGCCGUAAAAACGGCAAGUAUUUAGGAAAGACAUCUGUUGAACAGUGCCGUAAAAAUGGAAUAAAAAAAAGACUGGUACAUUUACACAUAGAUGACGAUAUACCACUGUGGGGUAUGGAGACCGUUUACAGAAACAAUCAGCUAGUUGGUUAUCUAAGAAGAGCUGAACAUGGAUAUACCUUUAAGAAGAGUAUUGGACAGGCAUACAUCACAGCUCCAAAUGGGCAAAAUGUUACAAAGGAAUUUUUAGAGACUGGUACUUACGAGAUUGAAGCAAGGAGGAAAAGGUAUCCUGCGAAGAUGUAUCUUCAAAGCCCAUUCGAUCCGCAGAAUAAGAGAUUACUAGGUGUAUACACAAUAUAAAAAUAGUCGAUAAAAAAUAUCGAUAUUAUUUCUUCUGACUAUAAACCAUCUGCGAAAAGCAAUUGUAUCUUAAUAACAAAUAUUUUAUAUUUUUUCAUAUAUAAAAAAUAGUAUAAACUUUUA